UUUAUUCUGUGCUGUUGCUGAUAAUUCUUUAGUCUGUGAUCCAAAAUGGCGCUGAAAGCACUUGUCGGGCAAAAAAUUAUGAAUGAAGUGAUCCGCUACCGCGGACCAAAGGGGAAGGAGUCCCAGCGCAUUGACUGGAGAAUCCUCAUUGUGGAUCAAUUGUCAAUGCGCAUGGUCUCCGCCUGCUGCAAAAUGCAUGACAUCUCUGCAGAAGGCAUUACAUUGGUUGAAGACAUUCACAAGAAGAGAGAGCCGCUGUGUACCAUGGAUGGCAUCUACCUCAUUACUCCACUGGAGAAUUCAGUCCGUGCCUUGAUCAAUGAUUUCUCAGUGGGGAACCGCAUCAUGUACAAAGCGGCGCAUGUUUUCUUCACUGAAGCUUGCCCUGAUGUUCUUUUUGAUGAAUUAUCACGUAGUCGCGUAGCUAAAUACAUAAAAACACUAAAGGAAAUCAACAUCGCCUUUGUUCCAUAUGAACAACAGGUGUUCUCGUUGGACUCGCCGAACACGUUCCAGCACAUGUACAACCCGAACCACGCGGCGUCCCGCAACGCGAGCAUGGAGCGCAUCGCGGAGCAGAUUGCGACGCUCUGCGCCACGCUCGGAGAAUAUCCCUCCGUCAGAUACCGCAGUGACGGCGAGCGCAACGUCGAGCUUGCUCAGCUCAUCCAGCAGAAACUUGAUGCAUACAAAGCUGACGAGCCGACCAUGGGUGAGGGGCCGGAGAAGGCUCGCUCGCAGCUGCUGGUGCUCGACCGCGGCUUCGACUGCGUGUCGCCUCUGCUGCACGAGCUCACGCUGCAGGCCAUGGCCUACGACCUGCUGCCUAUCGAGAACGAUGUCUACAAGUACGAGGCAUCCCAAGGGCAGAUGAAGGAGGUGCUCCUGGACGAGAACGACGAGCUGUGGGUGGAGCUGCGCCACCAGCACAUCGCCGUCGUGUCCACCUCCGUCACCAAGAACCUCAAGAAGUUCACCGAGUCCAAGCGCAUGGGUGGAGGCGACAAGCAGUCUAUGCGAGACCUCUCCCAGAUGAUAAAGAAGAUGCCCCAGUACCAGAAGGAAUUGUCAAAAUACGCGACCCAUCUCCGCCUAGCUGAAGACUGCAUGAAGGCCUACCAGGGCUACGUCGACAAGCUAUGCAAAGUGGAGCAGGAUCUGGCCAUGGGCACUGACGCGGAGGGUGAGAAGAUCAAAGAUCACAUGAGGAGCAUCGUGCCAGUUCUCCUUGAUCAGUCCGUGGACAACAACAACAAAAUGCGCAUCAUCGCCCUGUACAUCAUGUCCAAGAAUGGCAUAUCCGAGGAGAACCUCAACAAGCUCGUGUCGCACGCGCAGCUCGAGCAGUCCGACAAGCAGACGCUGCUCAACCUCGCCUACCUUGGGCUCAACGUGGUCAUCGAUGGCAACAGGAAAAAGCAAUACCAGGUGACGAGGAAAGAGAGGAUAACGGAACAAACAUACCAGAUGUCACGAUGGACGCCUGUCAUGAAAGACAUCAUCGAAGACGCCAUUGAAGACAAGCUCGACCAGCGCCACUUCCCGUACCUGGCGGGCCGCGCUCAGACUUCGGGAUACCAGGCGCCCACCAGUGUUCGCUACGGCCACUGGCAUAAGGACAAGGCGCAGCAAACCGUCAAGAACGUUCCGCGUCUCAUUGUUUUCGUCGUUGGAGGCGUUUGCUUCUCCGAGAUCCGCUGCGCGUACGAGGUGACCGCCGCUCUCAAGAACUGGGAGGUUAUCAUCGGCUCCUCCCACAUCCUCACUCCCGACAACUUCUUGUCCGACCUCAACUCUCUCACCGCCUAACUUUAACUCAAUGUGACAUCACCAAUCGUCAACACACAGCUACAAGUCUAACUUGCCCGUCUACCCGUGUCUCGGCAAUGAAGCGUCGGCGGACGGGUUUUUCAGACAUUUUGGAUCACGGAGAUGCAGUCUUUUGACACAUUUCUUAAACAUUUAUUGAUAUAUUACCGUAUUGCGCGUUCGCUUAACAUAUAGUGAAAUAUUCAGCAAUAAAGUAAACUAAAAGAAUUAAACAAACUGCAAUCAAGCGUACGAAAAAUCGAGAAACUAAGACAGAAACGAAAUAUUGCUAAUGAUAAUUACGGGCAUCAGUUUUAUAUAGAUGAACUGGUGCUGCUGCUGUCACUUUGUGUCUCCGGUUUCGUUUCUGUCGUAGACGUCAUAUGUGUUAGUAAUUGUCGUUAUGGCGAUAGUGUCUGGGGUAGCCGUAGUAUUCCGCUAGCUAAUUCUUCAGCAGUGUGACGUGCCUGUACCGUAGUGAAAGGCUAGAUGCACCUCAAUGUGAUACCGAACUUGAACGGCGCUGCGUAGGAAUAGGCGCCCGUCGAUGCGGGCUAAUAGAUUAUAUAGCACUCGUGUAAACUUCAGUGAAUAUGUUUAAUGUUUGUACAAAUUUCCAUAUUUUAUAUUGUUUAAUUAUUAGUUGUUUAAAUUAAGUUGUUAAAAAAGUAUCGCGUUCCCGCGCAUAUGUAAAAUAUGUUUAUGAUGAGUUAUAUUUGCAAAAAUCAGAAGAUUUAAUAUUUGUAUGUAGACUUUA